CAUUGGAUACAUUUGAACACUCGUUGCGACUAGUUGGCCCCGCCUUCAUAUUUAAUUAAGUAAUGGAAUUUUCCAGUGUCAUUCAGCAAGUUUCACAACUAACGACAAGACAGACGAUACUUUUACGUACUAGAACGACAUAUCGCAUCUCACAUUUAUUUCAGAACUCUAGCAGCAGCUCAUCAGCACUUGAUCUACUGACCACUACGAUCAACUUACGACUAGCUAAGAUAUCACGGUUCUGUUCUACAUCUGUUACCUAUCUGAAAGUUACCAUGGCUCACCAGCAGCAGAUCAGCCUUCCCGCUAAACUGAUCAAUGGUGGUAUUGCUGGCAUUGUUGGGGUCACCUGUGUGUUUCCCAUCGACCUUGUAAAGACCAGGUUACAGAACCAGAGGCAAGGUCAUCAGAUCUACAAGAACAUGCUGGACUGCCUCGUUAAGACUGUUCGAUCAGAAGGAUACUUUGGCAUGUAUAGAGGUGCUGCUGUGAAUCUGACCUUGGUCACUCCUGAGAAGGCCAUCAAACUAGCUGCAAAUGACUUCUUCCGCCAGCAUCUUAGCAAAAAUGGGAAAGGCUUGACAGUGUUUAAGGAGAUGUUGGCAGGUUGUGGUGCAGGCAUAUGCCAAGUUGUCAUUACGACUCCUAUGGAAAUGCUUAAGAUUCAACUUCAGGACGCAGGGAGGCUAGCGGCUCAGCAGAGAAUGCCAGCCAUGAAGUCUCCUACUAAGCUGGCUGCCACUAGCACAGUGCUGAGCAGGUCCUACAACGUGGGGCCCAGUCCUGCUGCCAGGGCAGUGUCUGCUACCCAGAUUGCCCGGGACCUUCUGCACACACAAGGCAUCCAGGGCCUCUACAAAGGCCUCGGGGCCACCCUCAUGAGAGAUGUUCCCUUCUCCAUGGUCUACUUCCCACUGUUUGCCCACCUUAACCGGCUGGGCCAGCCAUCUCGAGAUGAAUCCGCACCCUUCUACUGGGCUUUCUUGUCUGGCUGUCUGGCUGGCUCCACUGCAGCUGUGGCAGUCAAUCCUUGUGAUGUUGUAAAAACGAGAUUGCAGUCUCUGAGCAAAGGGGCCAACGAGGAGAGCUACAAUGGUGUGGUUGACUGCGUCAGUAAGAUCAUGCGUAAGGAGGGUCCCUUUGCCUUUCUGAAGGGAGCAGGAUGCAGGGCGCUGGUCAUCGCUCCUCUCUUCGGCAUUGCACAGGUCAUGUACUUUAUUGGCAUCGGAGAGUUCAUCCUGGACCAGUCACCUUUCAACUACUUGUCUGCAUGAGACAAGACCAACACUACCUGGUUGUGCAUGGGACUUUCUCACACGUUACAUGAAGAAGUAUCUCAGCAAAAUACUGGCAGCUAUAUUCCGUCAGUAUUUGGUACAGAAAAAAUAAACUACGUAAGACUGAGGUGUCUGUCAGAGCUUUGGAUCCUAGAAAAGAGAAAAUAAAAAAAAACAUUCUAUAGUUCUUGACUUCCUGUAUGGUCUAACAGCUGUACUGCACUUCCUCCAAGUAUUUUCCUGGCUUAUUUAAUGGGCUGUGAACAACGAUUGCACUUGAAGGUGUCAGUUUGCUGAACUGUGGACUGUGAAGUGCAGCAGUGGCACUGGCUGGGGAGUCUCCCUGGUUCCUCUCCCUCUGUGAGGGGCCAUUUCAACACAAACAACAACUGUACGUUUUUUUCAUCAUUUUUUAUUUUCUUUAUCCAUUGUUAAUCUAAAAAAAUAUUUGAUAAUUUAUGAUUCCACUUUUGUGCUGUUGGUUGAAUGCUAUAGUGUGGUGUAAAGAUGUGUAUAGGUCACAGGAGGUUGGUGGCACCUUAAUUGGGGAGGACGGGCUCGUGGUAAUGGCUGGAGUGGUGUCAUACACACUUGGUUUCCAUGUGUUUAAUUCCAUUUGUUCCAUUCCAGACAUUAUGAGCCGUCCUCCCCUCAGCCUCCAUUUGUGAAGGUAUUUCAUAGCCUCUGUCAUGUUUUUGCAGUCAUGUGAUUUCAAGCGAUCAGUCUGACACAAUUGAAUUGUUAAUUUAACUGGUCGAUUGAGAAGGCUAAAGAAACACGUUAGAAUUAGCUUUUUAAAGUUUUUUUCAAAAGAAAUCUCUUCAACUCGCAUUUCACUGAGGUUUAGUUUGAGACAGAGGGACCAAGCACCUAGGGGUUAUUCCACAGCUAAACCUCAUGGUUCGUUGCCACAGACACUCACAUCUUAGUUUAUUUUUUUACAUUUUAAAUACUUGACUCAUUUAUAUUAUGCAUAUUUAUACAUACAUAUACAGUAAGGUUGUGAAGUGGUCUGUUACUUCAGGGCUAUAGACAAAAGUUCAAUAAUUUUAGUUUAUGGCCAUAAUUUUGUUUAUUUUAUUAAUGACAUGCCCCUAAAUGUAAUGCACAUGGUUUUGUAUUUGCCUUAGCUGAGUGGAUUGGCAUUUUUCUCAGACUGACGGAGCCUGCCAAAUAGCAUCACCGACGCUAUCUGCACCAGGUCAUCUAACAAAGGAAAUGAUUGUUACAUCACUUUAUGUUGUAUGUCUAAUUUUGAUUUGUAUGUAUUUAAGUGAUGCCCAGGUUGACACACAACCUGCAGUCCUGACUGUUAUAUCCACGGGACAGGCAGGUUUAGGUUCAUGCAAUGUGUGGAUGAAGGGCGGGUUGAAUAAAGAGAACAAUGUAUUUUUUAAAAAUCCA